UAGCCAAAAAGGAAAGAAAAGGGACGUGGAGGACGAAUGAGGAGUGACGGAGCUCUCGAAGUUUGCGCUCGAGAAUCGGAAGGAGUGGGGCGAGAAUAUGGGCGACACACCCCUCUGGGACACGAUUUAAUCAACAUCUCUUUGAAUCCGGAAAAUUCGCCUACCUUUUCCCUCUCCACUUCCUGCUCUUCCGCCUCCUCUUUUAUAAAACGCCGAUCUGCUCUACUUCCUCCGCCUGUCUUCUCAGCCAUGGUGUUCGAAGGUCAUCACCAUAUCAAGGUUGGGCUCUGCAUUCCAUCGAACGACUCGUGCGCGCCGGCGGCGGCGGCAGCGAUCAAAUUCUCAAAGAAGAGCAGGCUCAAUAAGACCCCGCAAAGCGGCCUCGGGGUCGCGCAAUUAGAGCGUCUCCGCUAUCUCGAAGAGCAGGACAAGAACGGCGGCGACGCGUCUUCCUCCUUGGACCCCUCGCAGCCUUUCGGACUCUCGCCGCCGCCCGCUCGCCAAGCCACGAGCCUCUUCUGCUUUCUUCGCUAUACCUCCGGUUCGCAACCUCCUAACCUUCGCGCCGCCGCGGCCUGUAACCGAUGCCGCCGCCAUCAAUGAGCAGCAACGGCCGCAUCAACUGCAACCCGCCAGGGUUUUCCUCGACGCUUUGGGAUGCUGUCGAUCUUAACGAUGAUCCUUCAGAAGCAAUACCCGAUCGAUAAGCUUGGCCUGCAUGAAGCAGCAACAGAGGCCACCAACUGAACUGGUGAAUUCUUCGACAUUUCUCAUGUCACCUGGAGUGAAUCAUCCCAUCAAGCCCCCUUCAAACCAAAAUACCUCUAACAAUUACGACUUGCUUUCUUGUUGGAAAGAUCAGGGAAAGGUAUGAGGAAGAACUUUUGGUACCACUGGCCAAUGUUGUGUGUAUGUGUUGCGUUGUGAUUGUUGUUAAUUUUGCUAGAAUUUA